UGGAGUUUAAAGAAAAAGCAAAUAUAAUAAUUGGGAUAUGAAGUUCUUGGGCCUUCUUUUUUUGAUUGGAAUACUUUCCUUUCCCAGUAUUUUGGGUAAACAAGAAGGUUGUUACAUCGCUGCUAAGGGAAGUCUGCAUUUUCCAGCUAACUUUAGUUUUGGCGUUGCAACAUCAGCUCAUCAAGUUGAGGGCGGUUGGAAUGAAGAUGGAAAAGGAGUAUCAAUUUGGGAUGAUUUCACUCACAACAAUCCCGGGCUAAUAAUGGAUGGAUCGAAUGGGGAUAUAGCUGAUGACUCUUACCACCGGUUUGACGAUGAUUUAAAAAUGCUAACGGAUCUUAAGGCUGGUCAUUAUCGUUUCUCAAUUUCUUGGUCAAGAAUUUUCCCAAAUGGUGAUGUUUCCUUCAAAAAUCAAGCUGGAGUUGACUAUUACAACGGUGUUAUUGAUAAGCUUCUUGCCAAUGGAAUAACACCAAUGGUCACAAUUCACCACACAAAUAUGCCAUUAGAGAUUCAGAAAAGAGGAGGUUUUACCAGCUCGAUGAUUAUUGAAUACUUUGUAGAUUUUGCAACAGAAUUAUUCGAAAUGUUCGGUGAUAGAGUUAAAAACUGGAUAACUUUCAAUGAACCCUGGAAUUUCUGUAAUUUUGGUUAUGGUGUCGGAUUGAUUCCGCCACUUUUUAGUGAUCCUGGAUUGGGAGAUUAUCUUUGUAUACAUAACCUGCUUAAGGCACAUGGAGCCGCUUACCGUGUUUAUAAGGAAAAGUUCUUCCAAAAACAAGGUGGUAAAGUGGGAAUUGCACUUGAUACAAAUUUUUUCAGUUUUACAAAUUCUUCUGAUGAGGCUACUUUUGAGCGUGCGAUGCAAUUCAAUGUUGGUUACUUGGCACAUCCAAUUUUCAGUAAGGACGGUGGUUACCCCCCAGUAAUGGUGCACGAUAUAGCAAGAAAUAGUUUGGAAGAGGGAAGAUUCAGGUCACGAUUGCCAACUUUCGAUAGGGAAUGGAGAGAUAUUAUCAAGGGUUCAGCUGAUUUCUUAGGUCUAAACUACUAUCGAUCGAGUUCUUUAAUACAAAGCUCUGGUCCAGUUGGUACAAGUCCCUCAUUUGAACGAGAUCUAAGUGUCGAAAGUUUAACUGAUUUGCAUGCUUGUAAUCCAGAAGGUCUUGAGGGUGUUUUGCACUGGCUUCGAAAAGAGUACAAUAAUCCUCCAAUGAUAGUUACGGAAAAUGGUUGGCGUGAUGAUGAAUUAAAAAUUGAAGAUGAUGAACGAGUUGCGUUUUUGAAGAGUCAUUUACAAGCUGUUUUGAAUGCAGCAAAUGAAGGUUGCAACGUAUACGGUUAUACUCAUUGGAGUUUGGUUGAUAAUUUUGAAUGGGUUUUUGGUUUUUCGACUAAAUUUGGACUUUAUGCAGUUAAUAGAACAAGCCCUGUGUUGGAAAGAUACCCAAAGAAGUCAGCUCACUUUUAUAAAAAGGUUAUAAGUUCAAGAGUAUCACCGAACAAAAUUAUCGUUUAAAGAAUUUCUUUCACAAAUAAAUAAUUUGAAAUGCAUUAAAAAUAUUUGUUUUACACUUUGAUUCAAUAUAAGCACCGAUAU